CUCCCCGCUGCCCCGCGAUUUUCGGGUGGGCUCAGAGGCGGAGGGACACCAAAAAAUGGCGGAGCGGAGCCAGACGGCGCUUGAGGCAGGCAAUGAUUUGGGAAAGGACGAUGCCAUCGGAGGGAAUGUGAACAAAUAUAUGGUGCUUCCAACUGGAUACUGUGGACAGCCCAAGAAAGGACAUCUUGUCUUUGAUGCUUGCUUUGAGAGUGGUAACCUUGGACGGGUGGACCAGGUCUCUGAGUUUGAGUAUGAUUUGUUCAUUAGGCCGGAUACCUGUAAUCCACGCUUCCGAGUCUGGUUCAACUUUACUGUUGAAAAUGUGAAAGAAUCACAGGUGAGGGAAAUAGUGGAUACCUUCAGUUUGGUUUUGGUAAGAAGAUUGUGCUUUUGUUUUAGGUUAGGAAUAUUUAAAAAGUCAUGA